UACUGCAGCUAAGAAGAUAUAGCCAAGACCAUAAGAGAGAAAAAAGGAAUACCAGGAUUUUUUUAUGCAACUGUUAUACAACAGAAAGAUUCAUAAAGAGCUAUCCCAAGUUAUACUUGUUUUAUUUCCUGACAAAUCAUGACUAUGAUUUAUGUAAGCCCAAGAUGACAUCAAACAAGACCGAAAGAGCAUGGCAAGAUCUUCAGGAAGGUGUAAAUCGAGUACGUCAGCAGCUUGGCCUCAGUCCUAAAACAGCAUGGGAUGAUUUAAAGAUUCUUGAUGACUCAGAUGUUCAUACCAACUCUGCAGGUCUACAAAGUAAACGCAAAGUCAGUUCACCACCAUACCUUCCCAGUCUUUCAGGAAUUAAAGGACAAACAGUCCUUGACAUUCGUAGAGGACGUAGGACUGUCAUACCUCCUGUUAAAAAGAAAGAAGUGGAAAGGAAGUCAGGCAGACAGAAUGGUACUGUCCAAGGAGCCUCAGUUUCCUUACUGCCAAAAAAGACAGUAGUCUUAAAUAAAAGAAAUUCUGGCAUACCAGGACAUUUUCUAAAGGAAAAUGCAGCUGCGAUCUACUUUCUGGAGAACACCACCUUUGCCAAAACUUUUGUGGACCACUUUAUUUCUGAAGUUCUUUCAGAUGAGUUGCUACCAGAUAUACUUAUGGAAGCCUUGUCUCAUGAUAUCAAAGAGAACAAGCCAUUGCGAUUAUUUCAUCACAGACAGAGAAAACCAACAAAGUACAUCACUGUUUUGGAAUCUGACAAAGACCUGCGACAGGUGUCUCUAUCAAUACUGGAUGGCCUGCUUAAUGACCUGAUGAAAGAACUUUCAGUGGAAGCGUUGAGACAAAAUGUCAAUGCCUUUCUUGAUGACCACCUGUUCAUGAAUGCUGUUAUUGAUUAUAUGGCUGAUAUGAUGACUGAAGUCAUAGCUUCAAUGCUGCCUAGAAUUAUUCAGGAGUCACAAGCAGAAGAACAUGAAAGUAGAGUGAAUGAAGAAAUUCUUCCUUAUAUCCUGGAAACUGAAGAUAGAACAUUGACUAAUCCAGCUGCUGGAAACCCAGAUGAUUUACAUAGUCAGGUCCACAGCUAUGCAGGGCUGCAACUGAUUGAUAUGUGUUUACUGGAAUGUUUAGCCAAAAUAGCAGGAAACCAAGGCAGGACAUUUUCCGAAAAAGAACAGUCUUCCAGACUUUUAGACAGUUGGAUCCUUGACAUUUUAUUGCAGCAGUCUUUUAACUUUCAGAGACUACAACAAGCUACUUUAGAAAAUGUACCCCUUAGAAAUUUCCAUAGGAAGGUGUUCACUGAUGUGGCUGUUGAUGUCAUUAUUUCUGAACUAGCAGAGCUAAUGGAAGAAGACAUGGCUGAUCUGCUGGAGUAUGAACAACAAGUUGAAGAGAGUCUUCUUACUGAAUAGUGUUUUCCGUUGAAAGUGGAUUGUGCAACAUAUAAUGGACACAUUUUAAAAGAUAUGUUGCAGUCUAUGUUUAUGAUAAUAAUCAGAUAGACUGUCUGGGACUAAAUCAAAAAGGUAACAGCAUGAUGAAAGUUAUAUUUCUAAUAGCAGCUCCAGAAUGUACAACAAACCUAGCUAAGAAGAGAUGUCUAUCACUUUUCUGUAUCACUGGCUUUUAUUAUAUUCGGUACAAACCUAGAAUCAGGUAAUGACUCCAACAAUAAAUAAAUUAAAAACAAGGAAACAUCUCAUAUCAUUUCCAAAUGGAAGGUAAAUGCAGUCAUAGUGUUACAUAAAAUGUAUUUGUUUUAGAAGCAUUUUUUUCUUGACCAAAUUUAUAUUUUGUUGCCCUUGCCAUGCUGUACCUCACCGGAUGUACCCCAUGCUUAUCCUUUUAAUAAAUUGCCCUCUCCCCUAUACUCUUUAAUUAAGUCACUAUAUGUAUUUCCUUCAUUAAUAUUCUCCUCUCCUAUCUUCUACCCCUUUUUAAUGCCCUUUCUGCAAUUUCCUGCUCUUCUUCCUCUUGCAGCUUACUUCUGCUCAACAGCACUCACCAAACCUUUUUUUCUAAAUCUUUCUCUCUUUAGACUCCCCUCUUCUCAUUUGCAAUUCCACAAAAACAUUUCUGCACCCCCCCCCCCUUUUCAUCACUCCAUUCCCAAACUGUUCUCUGCAUUAUUUCUUUGAAAACUUUCAACUUAUCAUUGCUGCUUCCCCAAGUCUUUUUUUCAGUACUGUUCCACAUACUAAUUAGUAAUUAAGACUUUUGACACUUUCUGUAUCUACUGUACAUGUCUAGUAAGAGCUUUGCCUUGAGUCAUCCUUUUUUAACAUUCUUUUUUAUCUAGUCAUGAUUUUGACUUUUCUUUAUUUACCAUCUUUCUCUUCCUACAUAUC